AUCGGCGUAGAUUUUGCCAGUUUCCACACCGUCGCGGAGAAUCCCCAUCCGAUGCCGAGUCAGCAGCCAUAUCCUCCACAUCAGCUGCAUCAUUCGCCAGUUCAGGCACAAACGCCGAAUCCGCUAAUUUCAAAUGAAGCGGUUCCUACCCAAGACGGUCCUCAAACCACGCCGCAACUUGCGAUAAACCUGAACCAGUCGGUGGUCGAUCCAGGCGGUGAUGCUCCUGGUUUUCUUGGCUUAUCUUCCUCCCCAGAGGCUCUAAUGAAUGCUCUCAAUCUUCUUCAGCAGAACAUCAGCGCGCUUCAAUCGCUUAUCCCGUUGAUGGCGCAGCAGCAGCAGCAGCAGCCAAUCGACAGCGCUCACGCGGAGCAGCUAAAGCAGCAGCACGCUGCCGCAUCGGCCGGAAUCGCCUCCGUCAUUUCCCAGCUCGCGCUUGCCGCGGCCAACAUCCUUCCCCAAAUGGGCCUUCCUGCGCCCGUUAAUGUCACAUCGACUAAGAUUCCACCCGCUAAUGUCAGAUCUGGUGUUUUCCAGUCCCGAAAUUCCAACGUGGGAAAUCUCCAAUUAGCGUCUGUCCAGCCGAGUCACCCCGGCGUGGCGGCUUUUCCGUCUCUUGACCCGCAUCCUGAUCUUAACAAUCUUCAGCGACAACAUCAACCAAUCCUAGAGCACCAGUCCCCGCAAAUUUUGCAGGGAACUCCAGCGGGCUUCGCCUGGCAAGAUCUUGGCUUCCAGAUGUUGGAAUCGCAAUCGCAGAGCGCGCGGAACGCGGAGAAGGCUACGGCUCAGCUGCAGCUGGUUCUUGCUUCCUUGUCAUCUGCUGCGGCCGAGUCUGUCAAGCUGCAACAAGAUCAGCUCAAGAGCGUAGUUUCGCAAGAGGAGCAACACCAACACCUUCGUCCGCAGCAGCAGCAGCAGCAGCAGCACAUUCAGCCGCAGAUGACGGUCUCUCCAAGCGAGGACACGUCGCCACUCGCAAUCGCGUCGCAGCUGCCGCGGAAGCGGAAGAGCCUCGAGCCCGCGACGGUGGCUCCAGCUGCUGACGCAGGUCAGGGAAAUCCCGCGACUUCACCGCCUGGCGAUGAGGGUGACGACGAGGGCGAGGUGUUGGCUGGAGAGUUCAACAUAAUCCAGAUGGACCCUGUGGAGCUGUUGGCGGAGCACACGCACUUCUGCGAGAUCUGCGGCAAAGGAUUCAAGCGAGACGCCAAUCUCCGCAUGCACAUGAGAGGCCACGGCGACGAGUACAAGACGCCAGCAGCCCUCGCAAACCCUGAGAAAAGCAUGCUCUCUCGGACUGACACCACUGCCGUUACCGAGAAAAAGCCGCUCCGAUACAGCUGCCCGUUUGACGGGUGCAAGCGCAACCAGCAGCACCGGGCGUUCGUGCCUCUCAAGACGAUGCUGUGUGUGAAGAACCACUACCGCCGCACCCACUGCCCCAAGAUGCUCUCCUGCUCCAAGUGCGGUGCAAAGCGGUUCUCGGUGGUGGCGGACCUCAAGACCCACGAGAAGCACUGCGGGCGCGACCGCUGGCUGUGCUCCUGCGGCACGUCCUUCAGCCGCAAGGACAAGCUGCUCGGCCACCUCGCCCUCUUCAAGGGCCACCGCCCCGCCAACCCCUCCCUCACUGCUGCCGACGACGGCCCUGCUGGCGCCAAACCCACACUUGCUGCCGCUCCACACGACGCCGCUGCUGUAUCUCCCAUGAUUUUCGGAUCUUCCUUCCCGCAACCUGAGCAACAACCUGGGUACCAACCUGAGCAACGUGCACUAGCAGACCUUGUCACGGCAGAUCUCCUGGGCUCAGCUGAGAAGGCUGCGCGGCUGGUGCGGUGA